ACAUUGACAAAGAGAAUCUGUGACCUGUCCUCUCUUCUUCAUCUUCCUCCUGCAGACUCAUAACAAAAAUGGCAGCAAGAAAAGAGAACAUAGUGAUGUUACCCUUCAUGGCACAAGGCCAUAUCAUCCCAUUCUUAGCAUUAGCCUUUCACAUCGAACGAACAAGAAAAGAUUACACCAUAACUUUUGUGAACACUCCUCUCAACAUCAAGAAACUCAGAUCAUCAAUCCCUCCUCAAUCUUCAAUCCGUCUUCUCGAAAUUCCGUUCAACAGCUCCGAUCACGGUCUUCCUCCGAAUUCGGAAAACACUGAUGUUCUUUCUUACCCUCAUAUCAUUCAGCUUCUUCAUGCUGCAACUACUCUUGAACCGGCUUUUAAGAAACUGGUGCUUGAUAUUACUGAUGAACAACAAGGUCAGCCUCCGGUUUGUAUUAUUGCCGAUAUGUUCUUUGGAUGGACGGCUCCGGUAGCUAAAGAACUCGGCGUUUUUCAUGCUAUUUUCAGCGGGGGCGGUGGUUUUGGUAUUUCUGUUUAUUAUUCUGUCUGGUCAAGUCUUCCUCAUAGAAAUGCAAAAUCUGAUGAGUUUGAGUUGGAUGACUUUAAAGAAAUAUCGAAGCUUCAUGUAACUCAAUUGCCUUUGACUAUUUCAGAGGCUGACGGGACAGAUUCUUGGUCUGUUUUUCAGGGAAAGAAUCUGCCGGCGUGGUUUGAUUCCGAUGGGAUUCUGUUUAAUACAGUUGAAGAGUUUGAUCAGAUCGGUUUAUCAUAUUUUAAACGAAAAUUAAACAAGCCGACAUGGGCAAUAGGUCCAGUUUUGUUAUCAACGGAAAGCAGAAACCGUGCUGGUCAAGAAACCGGAAUAUCAGGGGCUAUCUGCAAAGAAUGGCUAGACGAAAAACCGGAAAACUCCGUCUUAUACGUUUCAUUCGGAUCCAACAACACGAUCUCCCCAUCGCAAAUGAUGCAACUAGCUACGGGUUUAGAAGCGAGUGACAAGAAUUUCAUCUGGGUAGUUCGGCCACCAUUAGGGUUUGACAUAAACUCAGAGUUCAAAGGUGAUGAAUGGCUACCAGAAGGGUUCGAGAAACGAAUCAAAGAAUCAAGAAAAGGAUUACUAGUACAUAAAUGGGCACCACAGGUGGAGAUUCUGAGUCAUAACUCGACGGGUGCAUUUCUGAGUCAUUGUGGGUGGAAUUCUGUGCUUGAAUCGUUGAACAAUGGAGUUCCAUUGAUUGGUUGGGCUAUGGCAGGUGAGCAGUUUUUCAAUGUUAAGUUCUUGGAAGAAGAGUUAGGAGUUUGUGUGGAGUUAGCUAGAGGGAAGAAGUGUGAAGUUCGAUAUGAAGAUGUGAAGGAUAAAAUUGAAACGGUGAUGAGCGAGACGAAGACCGGGGCGGAAAUUCGGAGAAAAGCUGGUGAAGUUAAGGAAAUGAUUAAGAAUGCUGUGAAAGAUGAGGGUUGUUCUUCAAAAGCAUUGGAUGAUUUUUUGCAGGCUGCAAUGUCAGCGAGAAAGAAACAGAGUAGGUUUUGAUUUUUAUUUAGUAUUAGUAUUGAUGUUUUAAUGUUUUUUUUGUAUUUUAAUGUUGUCUGUAUUAUUCCGGAAUCGAGUGACUAUGGCAGAAUUUGAUAUCAUGGUUCAAUAAAGAAAAAAUAAGAACUUUGACUAUUCGUUAUGAUUAUAACUUUUUCCAAUUGUUGUUGAACUAAAUAAUUGAUUCAAAGAUUUUUGCUAGUGGUAGUUGUUGCGUCUCUUCAAGCGAAAUUGUUUGAGCUAAGGUCAAUCCGAUUGUCACAUUUGUAUUCCAUGAUUAAAUUAGUUACUUUUAACUUUUUAA